AUGGACAAGAACGGCACCAGCCGCCACGGCGCCUGUGACCGCUGCCGAGGCCAGAAGCUGCGCUGUGUAGGCUCAGCCCAGCCAAUCGCAAACCCGGCUAGUCGGGUUCUGAGGAACGCCAUCCCUUGUGACCGAUGCCGACGAGCCAAGGUGGAUUGCUAUUCCGUGCGGCCCGCCCCGCGGAGGCCUCAGACAAGCACGCUGAAUCCUACCCCACCGUCCUCCGAACGGUCCUCAUCUUCGUACACUUCGCGGGGCUCUUCGGUCUUUUCGCAACCCCGGAGUGUCGCUGCUCGGGCUUCAGCGCCAAGAGUCCAGCCCGAUGGCCUCUUGUUUCCCGGCAACGAUCAGCCGAACGACCGUCUUUCGACGGUCCAACCACCCAUGCCCUCGGACUGGAUCACAUAUAGCCACGAGGAUAGAAUGGACGGCGACGAAGAUUUGGAGGGGGGAACCCCACCCCUGAUCGGUGAAUCGAACUCCAAUUUAUACCAGGAUCCAGUAUCGGUUACCAUCCACGAACAGAACCACCACACAAUGCUCGACCUGAUAAACCCGACUGCUCCAGAAGACUGGAAUCCAGAUCCCAUCAACAUGGACACAUACCCCAGUGCCCUCAUACAACUCCCACCCAGCCCAACGCUGUCGAAGGUCCGCAAACUGACUACACUGGACGGACAGAACGACCACCGCCACGGCCCGCCAUCCCGGCGAUUAGAUUUAUAUCCCACACACACCACCACCACUCCAACGAGGUCAUCUAUCUAUGACCUUGCUAAACUCCAUGAAACGCUACUGCGGGAGAAAUCCCAGCGCGAAUAUACUUUGACUCAACGGCCGGACGAGCAUGAACCCACCCUGAACCAACGCUCCAUCGGCCAAACCCUCCACCACUGUCAGCGAUUCGUCUCGAUCCUGAAACGGAUCAGAUACUCCCGGUCCCAAGACGACAGCGGGAUUGCCGUCGACGAGGCCCAGGCCCGGGGCCAGGUAUCCGGGCACAAUCGCAACAGGCAUAGUAUAUCUACUACGACAGCUACGCCUACACCAGCCCUUACACUCCCAACACUUUUCUCCAUCCUCUUCUGCUACACAUCGAUCCUGGCGUCAUACGAAGACAUCUUCCUGUCGAUAAUUGAGGCCAUCACGCGACCGACGCCCACGAUCCCGCCUACACUUAGCGGGUUACGAAUUGACGGGUUUGAGCUUGACGGACAUAGCACGUUGCAACUGGAGUGCUUACUGAACGUGAGUCAAACGCUUCUGGAGAAGGUAGAGGGGCUAUUGUUUGGGUCUACAGCUGCUCAGGGAGGGGGAGGAGGAGGAGGUGGUGGUGGUGGUAGAAGUGGCGGCGGGAUUAUUCGAGAUAAACUCGCUGCGGAGCUGGUGGACAUGCUGUUUGAAGAGGGUAGCCGGGACAAGAAUGACUCUGGGGACGGCUACGGGGGCGGGAAGAGUCAGGUACAGGUCAAAAGGUUGAUACAGGAGAUUCAAGCAACGCUGAAUGAGAUUGACUUUUGA